AACUGAGCCACCCAGGCGCCCAGGGCUGUCAUUUUUCUACAAUGACUUCUUUUUACCUUUCGGAUAAAUUCCAAGGCUGACACCUCCUACAUUCAGCCCUUUCUACCAACGCAGCCACGUUUUUCCAGCAUCUCUUUUCAGAUUCGAUGAUAAGAAUAUCCUAGCUGCGAAAGAACACCGAAUUGGGAGUCAGACAGCCUGUCUUCUAGGCCUGACUGUCACUAAUUGGUGGUAUGACAUUGGAGAAAUCUUUUUGACGUCCCUGGACUCUUCAUUUUCCUUUUCUGUGAAAUGAGGAGCUUGGAAUAAAAGUAGCAAGGGAAACAUGAACCAGAAGAUACUGAAAUUGGAGAACUUGCUACGAUUUCACACUGUCUUUAGGCAGCUGCACAGCCUACGUCAAAGAAGAAUGUUAGCACAGUGGAAUCAUGUGUUUUCAUCUGCUUACCCGGUGUGGACAGCUCAGCUCUGCAUCCGGCCCUGGCAAACAGACCCGCUCAUUGGGGUGGUUUUAUCUCAAUAUAGGCUUCUAGUAACAAAGAAGGAAGAAAGAUCACAGAAAUCUCAGUUAUUUUCAACAAAAUCCAAAAAGGAGGUGGAGGUAUGGAUUGGAAUGACUAUUGAGGAACUGGCCAGAGCAAUGAAAAAAGACGUAGAUAAUGUAUAUGAAGCUUUAAUGAACACUGCUAUUGACAUAGAUUCACUAGAAGCACACUCAUGUUUAGAUGAAGUCUGGAUCAAAGAAGUGGUAAAGAAGGCGGGGAUGAAGUUAAAAUGGAGCAAAUUAAAACAGGACAAAGUCAGAGAAAAUAAAGAUGCUGUAAGAAGGCCUCAGGCAGAUCCAGCUUUAUUAACCCCAAGGUCCCCAGUUGUUACUAUAAUGGGCCAUGUUGAUCAUGGGAAAACGACGUUACUUGACAAACUGCGAAAAACUCAAGUGGCAGCAAUGGAAGCUGGAGGCAUCACUCAGCACAUUGGUGCCUUUCUUGUCUCUCUGCCUUCUGGGGAAAAGAUAACUUUUCUUGAUACUCCAGGACAUGCUGCUUUCUCAGCAAUGAGAGCCAGAGGUGCUCAGGUCACUGACAUUGUUGUAUUGGUUGUAGCUGCAGAUGACGGAGUGAUGAAACAAACUGUAGAAUCUAUUCAGCAUGCCAAAGACGCUCAAGUUCCUGUCAUCCUUGCCAUAAACAAAUGUGACAAAGCUGAGGCUGAACCUGAAAAAGUGAAAAAAGAACUGCUAGCUUAUGAUGUGGUCUGUGAGGAUUAUGGAGGCGACGUCCAAGCAGUGCACAUCUCUGCACUCACGGGUGAUAAUCUGAUGGCUUUGGCAGAGGCAACGAUUGCUUUGGCAGAAAUGUUAGAAUUGAAAGCAGACCCCACUGGUCCAGUAGAAGGAACAGUAAUAGAAUCUUUCACAGACAAAGGAAGAGGUCCUGUUACUACAGCUAUAAUUCAAAGAGGAACUUUGAGGAAAGGCUCAAUUCUGGUUGCUGGAAAGAGUUGGGCAAAAGUACGCUUAAUGUUUGAUGAGAAUGGAAAAACAAUCCAUGAGGCCUGUCCCAGCAUGCCAGUGGGAAUUGUAGGCUGGAGAGACCUCCCUUCUGCAGGAGAUGAAAUUCUUGAAGUAGAAUCUGAGCCAAGGGCACGCGCAGUUGUUGACUGGAGGAAGUAUGAGCGAGAACAGGAGAAAAAUAAAGAGGAUCUGAAAAUAAUAGAAGAAAAGCGAAAGGAACACCAAGAAGCACAACAGAAAGCCCGUGAGAAGUAUGGCAAUAUGCACUGGAAGGAGAGAUCAUUUCUAAAGUACCAAGAAAAAAAAGAACAAAGACACUUACAGUCAAAAGAGAAAGAAGAAAGGGAUUCACAUGUACUUCCUAUAAUUAUUAAAGGUGAUGUUGAUGGUUCCGUCGAGGCUAUUGUGAACAUUAUGGAUACCUAUGACGCUUCACAUGAGUGUAAACUUGAAUUAGUACAUUUUGGUGUGGGUGAUGUCAGUGAAAAUGAUGUUAACCUUGCUGAAACAUUUCGUGGUGUUAUAUAUGGCUUCAAUGUGAAUGCAGGCAAUGUUAUCCAGAAGUCUGCUGCAAAAAAAGGAGUAAAAAUUAAACUUCACAAAAUCAUUUACCAUCUGAUUGAGGAUUUGCAGGAGGAAUUGAGCAGCAGAUUGCCCUGCACUGUGGAAGAGCACCCAAUAGGUGAGGCUUCUAUACUAGCUACCUUCUCUGUAACAGAAGGGAAGAAAAAAGUUCCUGUGGCUGGCUGCAGAGUCCAAAAGGGACAGUUAGAAAAACAAAAAAAAUUUAAAUUAAUCCGUAACGGAGGUAUUAUUUGGAAGGGUUCAUUAACCUCAUUGAAACACCAUAAAGAUGACAUUUCAGUCAUCAAAACUGGAAUGGAUUGUGGUCUCAGUUUGAGUGAAGAAAAGAUAGAAUUUAAAGUGGGAGAUGAAAUUGUUUGUUAUGAAGAAAAAGAAGUUCCAGCCAAGACUUCCUGGGAUCCAGGAUUUUAAAAUUGUAUUAAAAAUGUAAACAAUUAACUGGGUGCCUGAUAGAGCACGCAACUCUUGAUCUCAGAAUUCAAAGUGCAUGCUGGGCAGAGAUUUAAAAAAUAAAUUAAAAACUAUAAACAAAGUCUUGCUUUAUUAUAGAGAGCAACUAGUUUUGCUUUAUUGAAGGUAAGAAUUCACCACAUCUGGUCAAAAAAUACCCUAGUAGUUAUUCCAAGCGCUAACAUGGAUAACUUGUCAAAAUGUUCCAAAAAUAGGAAACCUUAUUUAAGCAUGUCUCCAAGUAGAAAUCCUGGAAAGAAUAUGUUAAAGGGUAUUGGCAUGCCACUGAAUGUAAUAAUCAGUUCAUGGUAAACUUCAACUGCAUGUUUUAAUUGAGUGACACCAAGAUAAGCAAACCUCCCUGAAUUUACCUCACAGGCAAAAUGUGCCAAAUACUGCUCAAAACUAUUUCUCAAUGUUGACAGAACUAGUGAACAAAGUGUUUAAAAUUCCAAGUUUUCACGCUCAACAUUGAAGAAUGUUCCCUUGUACUAUAGACAGCAUAUAUCCCCAGCCAAACCACCGAGGGACUCGGGAUAACCUUUUUUAAUUGAUUACUGAAAGCUUAGCUUUUACAUUUAUUAUGUAUGAAACAAAUGGGUCACAGCCUUUGUUUAGGCCAACUGUUAACACCAAUUCAUACGAAUCAGUGUUUCUCUAAGUGGAGAUCAAUGGGCAGGUCCCCCCUUCCUCACCAUCCCAGGGAUCAUUUGGCAAGUCUGGAUAUACCUAGUGGUGAGAAUGGGUGGUGUGCUACUGGCAUCAGGUGUGUAGAGGCCAUGAUGCACAAGGAUAGCCCCCACAACAAAGAAUUAUCUGGUCCAAAAUUUCAAUAGUGCGGACAUAAAAAACUGACAAACUGGCUU